AAGCAUCGAAAUAUGAAGGGUGGUCGUCCACUGUGAAAGCAGAACAGUGUUUUAAUUAUGUCCCUGGGCAUGGGAAGAUUCUUGGUCCCCUGGGAGUGGUAACAGUGCGAAGCUAUUAUGUCUAUGGAUGAUGGUGCGUGUGAAAAACAUAUUGUCGUUGCUGAGGAGGAACUUCUUGAACUACCUCUGCCCACAUACAGCUGUGAGUUCUGUGGCUUGAAUGUGAAGACGAGAGCCAACUUGCGUGCACAUCAUGUCAAAACCCACAGGAUCCUUAAGGUACUCACCCGCAUCCACCCUAAUUGGACUUCUCCGUUCUACCACAGAGUGACUCGGAUGUUGCAUUUUAUACGAAACAACGAUGCCAAUUCACUUACGUUUACCAUUGUCCCGUGGUGCCUUGCAGGCACAACAUCGGUGGUGGUGCGGGCUUCAGCACCUCUUCUCGGCUGAAACAGGUUCGUUUUUUAGUUUACUUCAUACACAUUAAUUUUGACUGAUUUCAGCAUUAUCAGAAUGUGCACAUGCACAAGUCUUACAAAUGCGACAAGUGUGGUUGCCUGUUUUCCACUCCAUCCAAUCACGCUUACCAUAUGCGCUUUUGUGGCAAACUGUUUGUCUGCCCCGUCUGUCCGCGGAGUUACUCCUUCAAAAAACACCUAGAUCAGCACUUUCGUCGGAGUGGUCAUCAACCUGUUGACAGACCGUAUAAGCGUCUAAAAAGAGCUUCACAACCACCGGAUCAACGUCAGUCGUGUGUUGAAAUCCGACCGAACGAUCUACCUAAACUUGUGUCCUCAUUUUCCACAUCAUUCACUUCCCGCGAGGGCGGUGUUUCCGCAAUUAGCGAUCCAACCACUGUGAUGGCUCCGGCAGCAGCCCUAUCAUCCCCGUCGGUUAUACUUCCGGUGCUUAUAUUUCCAUUUCCUAUGUACUGCUCGGGCGAAUCGGCUCAACUUGGUUAUCCCGUGUCCGCUACCGAUCAAGCUUGUUUGACAGGAAACUUGCUUCUGACUCAGUUUGGUUAUUUUGCUUCAUCUGAUCCGUCGUGCUCGUCAGGAACGGAGAGCAUCAUCACCACGCAAUUAUCGAAAGAGCUUGUCAAAUUGGAACAGCAACCAGUAGAAACCACAAAUCCAUGUAUCUCACUUGAAGUUUCUCAGUAUGACUUCGCGUGCCAGUUCGACAAUUCAUUUCCGUCAUCCGAAACAGGAACGCAAACCGAGGCUGCUUCUUUUAGUCAAGAACUUACACCUUUGGAAGCAUCUGCUCCUUCUGUGUCGGUCAAUACCUGCACAGAUGAAGAUGAUAUCAGUGCUUUUAUUGGCAGUCUAUUUUGUGACGCCAGUGUGGAGACUAGAUAUCCUCGUCCUCAUCUGGUUCAUGAGUUCACAGAUACCGGAUUGGAUGUGUUGGAACCAGCCAGCAUCGAAGUGGCCACCACAGAUGAGCUUUCUCUGCCGGUGCAGUACCUCGUCGGAGACAAUUUACUCGACAUUCCUGGAGACGGCUUUAUAUCUUCGAAUGAAAACGGGGUCGUGCCCUGCAUCACCGACAACCUCUGCGAUAGGGCAUUGUCCGAAGGGACUGCACUUCACCCCAAUGCGCAUGCUGAAGUGCAGACCGACUUAAAAUCGAAAUCCCACGCGGCAGCUGCCACUCACGAUACGCCAUUUUACUGGAACUCGGAUACUGAUCUUCGACGAUCUAUCUUGAUAACGCCUCCACUUCUCUCUGAUGGGCCGAUACACGUUCCGACAACCGCUGGUUCGCAGCUCCAUCAGCGCGUCGAACGUAGCUUGACCACAUCGUCGCUCUCGCGACACGCCUACAAGCUGGAUCCUUAUGCCGCUCCUCUUGAUUUGACAUCGCAACCGCUUGACUCGUCGUGCACUUCUAACGCGGAAUACUGCACUUUCGGUGCAGACUACCGUCCGUAUCUCUUCUCACCUGGCAUAUCUCCUGGCGCAUUGUCCUCGCAUUCGGUUGGUUUACAAUCCACUCCGUGGCCUCCAGCUCCGCUGUGCUCAUCCAUUGCCUCACAAACGCUCACGGACGAUUGGGAAUCAUGGUUGAACAGCGUUCACACCCAAACAAACACUUCUCCCUUAUCUCUGACGGAUAUGUGUAUCGGUGCGAAUGACGAAUUUCUCCCCGAGCCGUUUGAACAAUCCGCGAACAUGAACGACGUAGCUUCCCUUAUCAACCAGUUUUGAUCGGCACACAUUGCUUCGACUUGGCAACAAUGACUCAGUCCCCUACUAAUCUCCGUAUCCAUGCACAACAUUUGGUCCAUUUAUCUUUGAACAUGCCCAGCUAGUAAACAUAUCAGUCCUCUACCCUCGUUUUUAUGAUUACUUAUUUUCUUACUUCCAAUACUCCCCUUCUAGGAUACCAGUGUGUACGAUUAACUACGUAUACAUACGAUGCGCUUUCACACACCCACGUAUAUCUGUUUUGGGAUUGUCUUUCAUACUGCCUCGGCUCUCAACAAACUUGUAUGCCUCUUUUUUCUUCGAUUUUUGGUUAGUGAUGUUAAGAGUUUAUCGUCCGUUACUUCCGGAGGAAAUACAUACGGUUGCGUUAUCA